AUGCAGCCUUCCGAGAUACCGCUACUCCCCACCGACCUUGGCCUGGAUACGUUGUCACGACCGGCCUCGGUGUUGAUGCAGGUUCUCUCGCUGCUCAACCACGGUCCUAUCCCGGAAUACUUGCUGAACCACGAAGAAGGACAUCUAUUGAUCGAGGAAUACCCCCCUGCCGACCGCUUAGAUAAUGAGGUGAUACCAGACUUGUUCCAGAAAAGGCUUAUCCGUCGCGAUGAGGAUACCAAGGUGGUCUCGGUUUAUCCACUGGUACGAGAAACUGUACGUCAAAGGAUGGACAAGGAUGAGCUCAGUACCUCGUUCCAAAUCGCAGUGGUAUUGCUAAAUGCCCACUGGGAGUACGACCGGUACGCCGCCUUUGAGAGCCGGGUAAUCGACUGGGGAGUUGCCGGCAUUGUCGUACCCCACGUUAUUAGACUUGCGAAACAUUUCCAGUCGCAUGAGCCGACGCUUCCCCCUGCGUCCCUCGGUCUAUUCAUGUCCCUGGUCACCCGUGUUAGCAUAUGCUUACAAGAGCGGGCAAACUGGGGUGAGUCUGUCGAGUUGGCCAAAACGGCUCUCCAUUCUUUGCAGAACCACCAAGAUACAUUGGGAGAGCAGUACGCGGAUGCUCUCAUGUGUCUCUCCCGCGCCUACCACUCUCUCGGCGACUGGGUGGAGGGUAUCACAUACGCCCAACUUCACUUCAAGCAGCGGCUUCUGGUAGAAAAUAGAAAACCAAGAGCAGAGCAGGACGACUUUUCCCGGGCCAUGGCCUACACUGAGCUCUCCCUUUCUUGGGUUCUGAACGACGAUUACGACGAGGCCAUCACUCUCGCUCUCCAAGGGCGAGAGAUACUCGAGAAAACCCCGGAGUUCCUCGAGGGCAAGUACUGGCCGCACUGGGCAGACUACCAUCAUGCCUGGGCCCUUAUUGGGUUGGGCAGGGCCGAAGAAGCCCGACCCAUAUUGACCAAGAUGCUUGAAUGGCGAAGGAGCAAGUACGGCGAUGACGAUACGGAGUCCAUGAAAACGGCAUAUGCUCUUCAAAUCUUAGGUGUCGUGAACGAAAAGACCGGCGACAUUGACGCGGCCAUCUCCACGUGGGAGCGAUCACUCGAGCUCUACCGCAAAGCAGAAGGCGACAGCUCGUUCCGCGCCAACCAGGUGCGGGUCAAGCUUGGGGAGUAUUACGGCAAGCGGGGCGAGAUCGAUAUGGCGGCCAUCACGUUCAAGAUCGCUCUCGAUUACUUCACGGGCGAGAAAUACCACAAAGCCGAGCGAGCACGCGCCUCGUUCAAGCAAUCGGUGUUCUUUGAGUCGAUCGGACAAGAGUACGGUGCUGCGGAUGCGAGACGAGAGGCGGAGCGGAUGUUUCUCGAGGUCUGCAUCGAUGGGAAAGGGGUAAACCUGGGCCAUUUUUAUCCGCCACUGACGCUGGCUGAUUAUGAUGCUAUUGUUAUGAUCAUGUCCCGAUAA